GAGUGACGUCGUACCUUGACGAUCUAUUCAACAUGAACGCAGUAUUUGAACUGUUGUCUCCAACCCUACUAUUGUCAUUGAGAAAAUGUCACAGUGUCUGUUUACAACAGUACGUUUAAUACUGAAUGUGAAGGCUUUUGUUUGAAGACUGCUGAACAGGUGUUCGUUUGUAUUACAUCGGCAUGUGUGUGUAUGUGUACGUUUGUUGGGAGGGGGGUAACGUUAUAUCAAGGCAAGGAGGUUCCAAACCCUUGGUCGCAGGUACGACUGAUGGUACAUUCCCUGUUAUGAGGGCAGACUGACACGACAACUGGCCCCAAUUUUGUAUUCUUAUGUCGCAAGUUGUUUUUUGUAAUUAUUUUGUUUUAUCAUCAUUCAUGCUAACCUAUAUAGUCUAGUCACAAGUCUGAAACUGCCACGUCAUUCCCGGACAGGGGAAUUCCAUGACAGGUCGGUGUGUUUUCACCACGUGACGUUGGGUUUGAGGAGUUGCGUGUGAGACUGUGUGUAUGACUCACGGUUGACUUGGUUUAAAACAAACACACCAUAUAAUAUAUUAUACGUGUUUCUUCAACUCCAGGUAAUCGGUGGUUCAUACCGACGUGCAUGUAGAAUCCGCUUUUGGCAACGCCCUGGAGAAGGAGCCAUUAGCAACUGAUCGAUUAAGAUACAACAUUGGCACAUUGAGCUAUAUUCAUACGCGCGUAUGUUAUACUCCAACGUUAAGUAUAAUACAUGUAAUUAAUUAUUUCUUUUUUAUGUAGCGAUACUUCGAAGAAACCGAAGUUAAAGCGUUGAUUGGAGAAGCUCGCCACAAGAGAAGGGUCACUCUGCAAACAAUUGACAGACGCUUUUGUUCUGUGGAAUAUUGAUUCAGUCUUCAGUGGCCAUAAGUUCACACCAGUUCUUGUCUUAACUUUCCAUUUGAAUUAUAGCCUUACAGUAACAACAACGAACGGGAACGGAACAUGGCAGAACAGCUACAGGAAGGCUGCAGAGCCCUGCAGACAGGGGGCAUAAACACGGCAGAACAGUUGCAGGAGAGCUACAGGACCCUGCAGACAGGGGACCUCAACACGGCAGAACAGCUGCAAGAGAGCUACAGGGCCCCGCAGACAGGAGACAUAAACACGGAAGAACAGCUGCAGGAAGGCUGCAAGGACCUGCAGACAGAAGAUCUGGACGUGUCAGAACAGCUGCAGAAGGGCUACAGGGCCUUGCAGACAGGGGACGUCGACACAGCAGAACAGCUGCAGGAAGGCUGCAAGGACCUGCAGACAGAAGACCUGGACGCGUCAGAACAGCUGCAUGAGGGCUGCAAGGACCUGCAGACAGAAGACCUGGACGCGUCAGAACAGCUGCAUGAGGGCUGCAAGGACCUGCAGACAGAAGACCUGGACGCGUCAGAACAGCUGCAUGAGGGCUGCAAGGACCUGCAGACAGAAGACCUGGACGCGUCAGAACAGUUGCCGGAGGGCUGCAGGGCACUGCAGACAGGGGAGCUAGACACGACAGAACAGCUGCAAGAGGGCUGCAAGGACCUGCAGACAGAAGACCUGGACGCGUCAGAACAGCUGCAGGAGGGCUGCAGGGCCCUGAAGAUAAGGGACAUGGGCAUAACAGAAUACCUGCAGGAGGGCUGCAGGUCCCUGCAGGCAGGAGACAUGGAGAUGGCAGAACAUAACUUUGUAGCUGCGCUCAAGUCUGUUCAUGGGAAAGAGUCAAGCGAAGAGGCGGAGCCACUACUGAAAUUAAGUGAUGUCUACCUGAAGAGAGGGAUACAGUCAAGAGACGGUGAUGACUUCACUAAGGCAGCAGCGCUCUGUAACGCAGUACUGGUAAGAGCCAAAACAGAAGACCAAGAUGACAUAAAACAAACAGUCAAGUUGAUAGCACAAUCAUUCGUUGAGCAUGUCCUGUGUAUCACACAAACGGUAGUCAUAGAUGAUAUAGAUAAGCACCAAGCGAUGUUGAAGGAUGAUAGAAGUCAAGUAGAAAAAGAGAUCGAAGAGAUUGAACAUCAGGCCGAUCUCUACAGCCUUGAUGAUGACAACCCAAAUAUCACAGAAGUGGAGAAAACGAGAGUAGAAGCAAUCAAGGCAUUAUUUCAGACAAUACUGCAUCAGCGAAGAACGUUUAUUGUUGGCCUUAUAGACGAAUGCAUGGAGGUAAUGGGCCAACCUCCCUGUAAGUACGCCAUGAUAGGCUUGGGUUCGCAAGCCACAGGUCUAGUAACACCGUACUCUGACCUGGAAUUUGCCAUUUUAAUGAAGAGAGCAAGAGUUGAUCGAUGGAUAUAG